UGACAGAAAAGGAAAGGGGAAAUUGCCAUACCACUCCCACAGCGGAUCCAGGGGAACCGAAUCUCGGCAGAAGCUGCACACUGACAGACAGCUGGCUCCGUUAACGCUGUUCUACUUCACUCGAGUCCUGGUUAUGGGAGUGACCGGGUUUCCUGCGGGUGAACGGCUGGAUACGGUGCGCUGUGCGGCGCUGUGAGAGAAACCGCAGCUGUAGCAGAGUCCACUGUGGGUAAACCGCUGGGAGUGGUAGUGGGAGGGUCGGGAAGAACCCGGCAGGACUGGGCCACAGCAGACUGACAGAGAAGGAGCUGACCGGGUUGACGGUCUCACACAACGCGGGGACUGAACGUAAACACAGGUCUGUCGCGUCUCCUUUUGAACGGAGGAACUCACACUGUUUUUGACCUCAGGUGGUGGCGAGUGACGGGGUCCGGGCUAUGAUGGAGUCGGCCCUGACAGCCAGAGACCGGGUGGGAGUGCAGGAUUUCGUCCUGCUGGAGAACUACACCAGCGAGGCGGCAUUCAUAGAGAACCUGCGAAAACGCUUCAAGGAGAACCUGAUCUAUACUUACAUCGGUUCUGUGCUGGUAUCGGUGAACCCGUAUAAAGACCUGGAGAUCUACACCAAGAACCACAUGGAGCGAUACCGUGGCGUCAACUUCUAUGAGGUUUCUCCACACAUCUAUGCGGUGUCAGACAAUGCGUACCGCUCCAUGAGGACGGAGCGGAAGGACCAGUGCAUUCUGAUCUCAGGGGAGAGCGGCGCUGGGAAGACGGAAGCGUCCAAAAAGAUCCUGCAGUACUACGCCGUCACCUGUCCAGCCAGCGAACAAGUGCAGACCAUCAAAGACCGUCUGCUGCAGUCCAACCCAGUGCUGGAGGCCUUUGGGAAUGCCAAGACGUUGCGUAACGACAACUCCAGCCGCUUUGGCAAGUACAUGGAUGUUCAGUUUGACUUUAAGGGGGCUCCGGUCGGCGGCCACAUCAUCAACUACCUACUGGAGAAGUCCCGGGUGGUCCACCAGAACCACGGGGAGAGAAACUUCCACAUUUUCUAUCAGAUGAUAGAAGGAGGCGAAGAAGACCUGCUGCGACGGCUUGGCCUGGAGAGGAACACCCAGCAGUAUCAGUACCUGGUUAAGGGCAACUGUCCCAAAGUGAGCUCCAUCAACGACCGCAGCGACUGGAAGGUGGUGAGAAAAGCCCUGACUGUCAUUGGCUUCAAUGACGAUGAAGUGGAGGAGCUGCUGAACAUAAUCGCCAGUGUGCUUCACCUCGGCAAUGUGCAAUACAGUGAGGAAGAAGGCUACGCUCACAUUACGUCGGAUAUGCAGAUCAAGUACCUGGCCAGGUUGUUGGGGGUGAAUGGUACGGUGCUGACAGAGGCACUCACACAUAAGAAGAUAAUUGCCAAGGGAGAGGAGCUCGUGAGCCCUCUGAACCUGGAGCAGGCGUCGUCGGCUCGGGAUGCUCUGUCCAAGGCGGUGUACGGACGCACCUUCACCUGGCUGGUCAACAAAAUCAACACCUCGCUGACAUACACGGAUGAAACUCAUAAGAACUCAUCCGUUAUCGGUCUGUUGGACAUCUAUGGCUUUGAGGUUUUCCAGCACAACAGCUUUGAGCAGUUUUGCAUCAACUACUGCAACGAGAAGCUGCAGCAGCUCUUCAUCGAGCUCACCCUGAAGUCAGAGCAGGAGGAGUACGAAGCUGAAGGCAUCACAUGGGAGCCGGUCCAGUAUUUCAACAACAAGAUCAUCUGUGACCUGGUGGAGGAGAAGUUCAAAGGCAUCAUCUCCAUCCUGGAUGAGGAGUGUCUGAGACCUGGAGAUGCCAGUGACUUCACCUUCUUGGAGAAGCUGGAGGACACAUUGGGGGGACACCCGCACUUCGUCACUCACAAGCUGGCGGACGGAAAGACCAGGAAGGUGAUGGGCCGAGAGGAAUUCAGGCUGCUGCACUAUGCUGGGGAGGUCAACUAUAAUGUUAACGGAUUUUUGGACAAAAACAACGAUCUUCUCUUCAGGAAUUUAAAAGAGGUUAUGUGCAUGUCUGAGAACAAGAUUCUGACGCAGUGUUUUGACCGAGACGAGCUGAGUGACAAGAAACGUCCUGACACGGCAGCCACCCAGUUCAAAGCCAGUCUGGCGAAACUCAUGGAUAUCCUUAUGUCCAAGGAGCCGUCGUACGUCCGCUGCAUCAAGCCCAAUGACUCCAAACAAGCAAGUCGGUUUGACGAGGUGCUGAUCCGUCACCAGGUCAAGUAUCUGGGACUGAUGGAGAACCUGAGGGUGAGGAGGGCUGGAUUCGCUUACAGGCGGCGCUAUGAGAUCUUCCUACAGAGGUACAAGUCCCUGUGCCCAGAGACAUGGCCUAACUGGAAUGGAAAGCUGUCUGAUGGUGUGUCCACACUUGUCAAACACAUGGGAUACAAGCCUGAGGAGUACAAACUGGGAAGAUCCAAAAUCUUCAUCCGCUUCCCAAAGACUUUGUUUGCCACCGAGGAUGCGCUGGAGACCAGAAAACAUGGCCUUGCGACCAAGCUACAGGCGGGAUGGAAAGGCUAUUGCCAGAAGACCAAAUUCCAAAAACUAAGGACCUCAGCCAUUGCGAUCCAGGCUUGGUGGCGGGGCGUCCUGGCGAGGAGGAAGGCCCAGCGUCGGCGACAGGCAGCCAACACUAUACGCAGGUUUAUCAAAGGCUUCAUCUACCGACACAAAGAACGCUGUCCAGAGAACGAGUAUUUCCUGGACUACGUGCGUUAUUCCUUCCUCAUGAAUCUGCACAGGAACCUUCCCAAGAACGUCCUCGACAAAAGCUGGCCCGCACCUCCGGCUGCUCUGACUGAGGCGUCAGAGCUUCUGCGCAAGAUGUGCAUGCAGAACAUGGUGUGGAGUUACUGCAAGAAGAUCAGCUCUGAGUGGAAACACCAGAUGGAGCAGAAAAUGAUUGCAAGCGAGCUCUUCAAGGACAAGAAGGACAACUACCCACAGAGUGUUCCCAAGCUAUUUGUUGGCACAAGACUCAAUGGAGAGGAUAUCAACCCCAAAGCAAUACAAGCUCUGGGCAGUGAGAAGAUGAAGUACGCAGUGCCGGUCACCAAGUAUGACAGGAAGGGCUACAAGUCUCGGUCCCGGCAGCUACUCCUCACUUCCAACAGUGCCAUCAUCGUCGAGGAGGGCAAACUCAAACAGCGCAUCGAUUACGGAACCCUGAAAGGCAUCUCAGUCAGCUCUCUCAGUGAUGGCUUGUUUGUUCUGCAUGUGCCCAGUGAGGACAACAAACAAAAGGGGGACGUGGUUUUGCAGAGCGACCAUGUGAUCGAGACCCUGACGAAGAUCGCCAUCUGUGCCGACAAAAUCAACAGCAUCAACAUCAACCAGGGCAGUAUAAAGUUUACAGCAGGUAAUGGGAAAGAAGGGAUUAUAGACUUCACGCCCGGGUCAGAACUACACGUGGAAAAGGCAAAGAACGGACACUUGUCUGUGACGGCUCCGAGACUGAACUCCAGAUGAUGGCCCCCCUGACCGGACGUAGCAGGAACCCCCUAAGCUCCUCAUCCUCCAAUCACACGAACGCAGACCUCGCCCUGCCUUAGCCAAUCAGACGCCACUUGUCUCUACAUUUGCGGGCUUGUGCAUACAAUUAAAAUUUUAAACCAAAAAACAGAUAAAAAUCUAGCUAAACUAAUUGAUAUAUUUAUGUUUAUAUAUAAUAUUUUUGAGAUUAAUACUUUUGCUGUUUGAAUAUUCUGAUUUUAUAUAUAUAUAUAUGUAUAUGUAUAAGGCCAAGGAAUAACAAAUAUUUCUGGUGCAUUUUUCUUGCACCUUGCCUGCUUAUUGUGCUUUAUUCAGGAGCGAGAAUACAGUGAGCGACAGACCAAGGAGAACAGUUUCUGGAGAAGAUCAGAGUAACCUGUUGCUGUUUUUAUUAUUUGCUUUCUAAUUCUAAUUUGCUUAAUUUCUGCUUUUCUGGGCAAGAUGACAUGUUGUUAUGAAGGUGCACAGAUCAAGGCUGGAAGCAUGGAGAGCGGGUGAGGAAGGGCAAAGUGGUGAGGAAAAGAAAUUCAUCAGUAGGCCUAGAACACAGAAACAGCUGCUGUAGUUUGCUGAAAGAGCUGCAUGAAGAUGACCGAAGUAAGUGAGAUGUGGAUAAGAGAACGGUGAGAAAAAAACACGAUGAAGCACAGCCAUGUUUUACCUUGCAGCCUGGUUUUUAUUGUCAUUGGUUAAUUUCUUCAUAACAGUUCAUCAGUUGUUUUAACAACUCUGAAAACUCUUGCACUCAUCAGAGAAGAGAUUUGUUCUCACAAAGUUAUUAUUUGACUGAAAGUUAAAUUGCAGCUUCAGUCUCGCUGUCCUCCUUAUCCCCAGUGCCUGAACUGGUCUAAUGGAAACAUCUGGCUGGAGUCUGAGCAACGUGUACAAACAAUAGCGAUAAUUAAUUUCGACACAUUUUCUUCUUGUGUAUCUGUAUUUCCAGAAACAGGCUCAUUUCUGGCUCCAGGCUAUAUUUUGUAACUUUAGGGACUCUAACUUUUUAGCUAAACUUCUCACAAACAAACACCAAAAACACCAGUAUGACAAAUGAAAGAUAUAAAUAUGUUGUAAAAAUGUUUUCUUUUUAAGGGAUUAGUUUCACAUUUUGGGUGAAGAUUUGAUAAAGCCACUCUGUCAUAAAGAAGCUACAUACUAGAGGUAGCUUCUCUACCCUAGCAUAAAUGUCUCUGUUAGCAUCAAGCUCAUCACUUACACAAAUAUUAACUAGAACCGUUUUUAUGACACAGCAGUCUGUUGGAGCCCAGCUGCUCUAGAGAGAAAAGAAAUGAGAAGAAAUACUGAUGCCUUUAACACUAAAAAUUCAUAGCUUGGAGUUUUUGGUAGAGGAUUUGUCUAGUUUUUAAUCCCAGGCACCCAGAGGACCAGUUCUGCAACAACCAACGCUGCCUAACUCCAGCUCUCACCUCUUUUAGACCAAAGACUGGUGGUGAAAAACUUCACAAAUCUCAGAGUAUAUACAUAGCCUAUAUAUAUAAAUAUUUUACAUUUUAUCCAAAAUUCACUCCAUGAAAGAACUCUUGAUCUGCAUCAUGGUUCUAUGAUAUUAGACUGUGCCGCUGCACUUAUUAGCCAAAGAUCUGGUUGAUUUCUUGUGAUUCAGUGUUGUAUGAUUAAUAUGCUAAAUUGUGUCUGUAAUGAAUGCCCUGUUUGUUUCUCUGUGGGGAGAGGUUUGUAGAUGUACAGUUUGUGAUGUCUGUUAUAACUGAGCUGUUCAAGUAGAGAGAGGUUUGAUGAGGGAGGGGAAAAAAGCUUUUAAUGGUGUUUAAUGGAAACUUUGUGUGCAUGUGCCUUCUUUUAGUCAGGCUGAUAGAAAUCCCUCUUUGACCGUCUGUGGUUUGCUCUUUUGUACAAGCUUUAUUCAAACCAAGUCCAAUUUUUGUUGAUUUACAGAUACACUCCUGCUUUCAGGCUCAUUUUAAUGUACAACCAAUGUAUAACUAUGCCAACACACUAAAUAAUACUUAUAAUUUGAAUAAAUACAUUUUUAAAAAUAA